GCGGCGGCUCAGGUGGCUCAGUGGUCCAUGUGAGCUUCCCCAGCGCUCAGGCCUCGGUCUUGGACAGCCUGAACCGUCAGCGAGAGGACGGCAGCCUCUGUGACCUGUCCGUCCACGUCCAGGGUCACGUGUUCAAGGCCCACCGCUGCGUCCUGGCUGCGUCCUCGCCGUACUUCCACGACCAGGUGCUGCUGAAGAACAUGUCCACGGUGUCCAUCCCGGCGGUGAUGGACCCGCUGGCCUUUGAGAGCGUCCUGAGCUGCGCCUACACCGGUCGGCUGCAGAUGCUGCGGGACGACAUCGUCAACUACCUGACGGUGGGCAGCGUGCUGCAGAUGUGGCACAUCGUGGACAAAUGCACCGAGCUGCUGCGGGAGGGCCGGGCGGCGGGGGUGGGGGGAGGAGGGGGAGCGCAGGAGGGAGCAGGAGGAGGCGAAAGGUCGGCCGGCUCCGGGUGCAGCAGCAGCCACGUGGAGGGGGGCGCAGACAGACCCGGCGGCGCGGGGGGCGUCCAGGUGGUGGACCCCGAUGAGCCCCGGGGAGCCCCCCAACCGCCCAGCCGGCCCCCGGUGAGCGAGAGCCAGUCCCCCAGCAGCACCAACUACUUUAGCCCCCGGGACGGCGGGGGGGCCGCAGCGGGGGCCUCGGUGGAUGGAGGCAGAGCCAGCAACACCCCCAGCUACUGCACCCCGUCAGGAGGAGAGGAGGCCCUGCUCAUCGAGGAGGAGGAGGAGGAWGAAGAGGAGGAGGUGCUGUACCAUCAGAGGAAGAGAGGAAGAGGAGGCAGUGGGAGGAGGAAGAAAUCCAGCUCCGUGUCGGAGCAGGAGGUGGGGGUCAGCGACAGCUUCGGUGUUUCCUCCUACCAGGACGGGGAGGACUCCACCCUCCAGAAGCGUCCCACCUACAGCCAGCCCAGCAUCAUGCCCCGCAAGCAGUGGGUGGUGGUGAAAACGGAGCGCGCCGAGGACGACGACCUGAUCGUGGUGUCCGGCGAGGAGGGAGGAGACGAUGAGGAGGACGARGACGAGAGGGACGUGGAGCUGGUGGCGCAAGACAGAGAGAGGGGCAACUUCAACAUUUCAAACAUCAGGAGCCUUUCGGGCGAGCUGGGGGUCCGAGCGGAGAGCGACAUGGACUCACAGGUGGACUACUGCCAGUCCCCAGAGGACUACCUGAARUUUGAAGGCAGUCUGAUGGAACAGACCUUAGCUCAGCACCUCCAUGACAGCACUGCGGGUCAGAACCAGAACCAGAACACUAACCGGGCAGUCUCAACCCUGCUGGGUCAGGUUCAGUCCGCAGCCUCGGCCCGGGCCCAGCUCUUCCCACUGGACAUGCAGGGGAACCAGAUCCUGCUCUAUAGCCAGGCAUCGGGACUCUCCCUGGACUCUGCUGCUCCUCCGAUGGCGGGAGGGAUGAUGGGAGGAGCCUCCUUCAAGGGGUCUGGUUUGGAGCAUGGAGCGGCCGGUCUGGGGGCCGACGGCUCAGACGGUGGGGGGCUCGGAGGCGGGUGCAGCGGYGGCGGCGCCGGAGGAUCGGCGAAGGUGUUCAUGUGUCACUGCGGGAAGACCUUCACCCACAAGAGCAUGAGGGACCGGCACAUCAACAUGCACCUGGACCUGCGGCCCUUCCACUGCCCCGUCUGCUCCAAGAAGUUCAAGAUGAAGCACCACCUGACGGAGCACAUGAAGACCCACACCGGCCUCAAGCCCUACGACUGCCUCAGCUGCGGCAAGAAGUUCAUGUGGCGCGACAGCUUCAUGAGGCACCGCUCGCACUGUGAGAGGCGUGGCGGGCCGGGGGAGGGAGGGGCCGGCGGGGGCGGGGCCGACAGGGGGAGGCGGGGCGGAGGAGGUGAGGACGGGCCGGAUUUUAGCUCCUCCUCCUCCUCCCACCUCUUGGCUGCAGGUGAGGGGGGAGCCAGAGGAGGGGGAUCCGUCACAGGAAGUAACAGCAGCGCCGCGGGGGCACUGCUGGGCGUGGUCUCUCAGAGUCCCGGUCAGGAUCAGGGGCAGGGGAUGUUUGGAGGUCUCGGGUUGGGUCGGGGUGUGUGUGAUGAAGACGUGUGUGAAGUCAGUCCGGAUGAAAGCAGCGUGACUUAAAUCAGAGGUCUAUCUGAGGGGGGGUUGGUUCUGAGGGGUUUCUUCUGGUUCCUGCUGCUGGAAGACCCCCAUUUUCUUCCAAAAGACUUUAAAACAAUUUGAAUCUGGGAAUAAACACAUCUGAUGAACCAGACUUUUCUUACAUCUGAAAGAUUUAAAGUGGCCUCAUCUAAACAGACCUGCAGGGUCAGCAAAAUAUUUUAUUUUCAUUUUCUCCCAUCUGUUUAUUUGUUGAGAGAAAACCAAAUGUUCUGACUGAACAAAUGACUGAAAAAUAAACAGAAGCUGCAAGAAAAAAAAAACAUAUUCUGAGGAGAAAUAUGUGUAAAAGCCUCCCUGUAAGCAGGACUGAGCUCAAUCCAUUAUUUUCUUAUUGUUUUACACUGGUUUUAAUGUUCUGCAGUGGUACUAAUACAUGUUUUAUCUGUUUGUAUGGGAACAAAUCUGAUGAUUUCAAGGUGAAUUUGUCAUUUUUAUGUUAAAAUAAAACUAGUCCUCAGAACCAGUGAGGUCUAAUAUCAAUUAUAUAGCUAAUUUAUAAAUAAUUGAAAUGAAAAUAACUCAUUAAAACAGUGUAACCAGUAGAUUUUCUGUUUUAUUUAAACCAAACACUAGGAUUUUCCUUGUUGGGUUUUUUUUGUAUUGCUGCCGAUUGUCCACAAGGGGCGCUGUUCAGUCACAUUCAGUCAAAUUAACAGAAAAGUGUCUUUAAAUAAACCUGCCCCCUUGUGUUCAUACCUGGUACCGCUACUGUCUGAUGUUGGAAACAAACAUUUUAAUGCUAAAACUGGUUUUAAAUCCUUUAUUUUAACCCAGUCACAGUUUGUAAAAACAUAUUUUUGUGUUCUGCAGAACCAAACAGUCACUGGUGGAAUAUUUUAYGACACAGAACCUCUUAAAAACAUUGAAGCCUUCAGAGAACCACACACGUAGUGUUAUAGAUUUCAUGUGUUACCUUCUGUGAAGGCUCAGUUUGGGUGUUUUUGCUGCAGUUUUAAAGCUGUGGGUCUGUUUCAUCUGUGAAGUUUAAUGUGUCGUUUUGUUGUUUGUUACAGAGAAACGGCUGAAAGAGCAGUAAAUGUUUGACGACUSAACGUUUUGUGUGGAUUUGAUCCAUUUAAACUGUGCAAACACUGGAAGAUGUAAAUAUCUGCAUAUAGAGAUUAACGUCACUGAUGAGCAACAUUUAUUUGUGUUUACUCAAACAAGAAAACAUUUUCUGACAAACAUUAAUUAGUUCUGAGUUGAUGAAAUCAAAUUUUACUGACUGAACAGAUUUUAUUUUUGCUUUCAAUAAAAAAAGGUAAAACAUCAGAUAUUUACGUCGCGUUUAAAGUAAUUUUAAACACUUUGUUUUAGAGUUAAAACAUUAAAAUCUCUGCAACAAGAGAUCCUGCAGAAACAUUAAAUCCUGCAGGUUUGACUCCCAACAAACCAAAGAUGGUUCAUAUUUUAUUAUUUUAAACUUUCUGAUCAGUUCAUGAUCCGUUUUAGGGAUUUGUGUCAUUUUGUUUUAAUUUCAUCUGCAGAUUUAAGGAUUAUUUUAAAACCUCAAAGUUGCUGCUGAAAACUGAAGUGUUUUUAUUUUUGCACAUUAAAAAUGUUACUUAACGUUUCUUCAAACUGUUUGACCAGCUGAUUGUUGUACAGAGAUUUGAGUGGAAAUAAGCAGUGAAUCAAUAUUAACCUCUUCCAUGUACUAAUGAUACUAAUAAAUUAUUUGGGGAAAAGUAA